AUGUGUGUACUCAAAAAAGAGCGCAAUUGUACUCCAUGUUACACGGCGCAAUUGUACUCCAUGUUAUAUGGCGCAAUUGUACGGCGCAGUUGUACUCCAUGUUAUAGAGCGCAAUUGUACUCCAUGUUACACGGCGCAAUUGUACUCCAUGUUAUAUGGCGCAAUUGUACGGCGCAAUUGUACUCCAUGUUAUAUGGCGCAAUUGUACUCCGCUAUGAAUUUCCUGCAUCUAUUGAGGCUAAUUCAUUUAAAUUUAUCACUCUGAUAUUGAUCAAUGCAACAAGCAGAUGA